CCGGGACAUCCCCGGGACACCCCCGGGACACCCCCGGGACACCCCGGGACACCCCCGGGACAUCCCCGGGACCCCGGCCGCGGCAGGAGCAGGAUGGGCGACGGGCACGGCCGCUGGAAGCUGACGUUCCUGCGGAAGCGGCAGGCAGCGCCCGCCGUACCGAGCGAGAGCCCCGAGGGACCGGCGGCACCGGGCGGGGACAGCGCGGAGGGACCGGGCCCCGAGGGCACCCCCGGAUUCGCCGCCCGCCUGGAGAAAUUCGUGGACAAGAGCACCAGGGGCAAGCACGUCAAGGUCUCGCACUCCGGCCGCUUCAAGGAGAAGAAGAAAGUCCGGGCGACGCUGGCCGAGCACCCCAACCUGUGCGGGGCCGCCGAGCGCGACGAGAAGUGACCCCACCGGGCGGAUUGUCGCCCGCCGGGGCCGCCGGAGCGGAGAGGACUCGGGAUGGAAUUUACCGGUGGGAUUAUCCGGGACUGACCCCGGGGCACGGCGGGGCCGGUGCUCCCCGUCCCUCCCCUGCCCAGCGCCGACUGGUUCGUACUGGGAUGAGGACACUCCCCCCGCGGCCCUGGCUCUGGCCCAGCCCCAUUCCCAAUCCCCAUUCCCAAUUCCCCAUUCCCAACCCCAUU